AUGGCCGAAGAUGGGCUACAGGAGCGGUUGAACGAGCUGCGCCGCGACCUCUGGGCCCAGCCGAUCCUCGAGGAGGAGGAUGAUGAAGGGGAUGAGGUGCAGGAAGAGGAGGAGGAGCCCCGCAACGACUCUUGCGUGCGCGGAGAUGAUAGCCGGAGUGUUAAUGCCGACGGCGCCCCAGUACAGGGUCGAGCCCACAAACAGGUCGGGUUCGCGCCCCCAUUGCCCACACUGGCGGCCCACAACCGCGUAACACUUCGCUAUUCGACGAGUUUGGAGGACACGGAAGACCUCAACGAUCGGCCCUCAACUGCAGACGCCACGAGUCGCUAUAGAAAUCCGGCGCCGUUCCCCAACGUAAGUGCGGAGCUUCAGCGGUUCGGGCCCACUGUUCGGGGCGAAAUUUUCUUGCACCGUUGUCCAGUGUGCCCUCCUGUGCUAAUAAGCGGCCGAAUAAUGGGAUUUUUAAUAUACAGGCUGCUCGACCCGUCCCGCCCCACGGCCCCACCACCACCACCGCCCAAGCCACUCCACGGCCCCACCGCAACAAAGGAAACGGCGAGGGCGGCGGGCACGGAGUGGAUGAGGAAGCGGACGACGAGGAGACUAGCCCGCUGCUAAGCAGCGACCCCCGGCACGGUAUUCUGAAGCGGAGGACGUCCGGUCCGCAACCCCGCCAUGUCAUCCGACCCGUUCUGCAGCACGCCGUCUCGUUGGAUCACGCCAAAUGCGCCCCGAUGAAGGUGGCGUCCACAAUGCAAACGCCGAGCCCCUCGCUGCACCUGCUGUCGGCGCAGGGCUCGGUGCGCCGCAAGGCGCUGAAGAACAGCCGGCCGACGGUGUCGUUCGAGGAGACGACGCUCAGCGACCUGCAGCGCCAGAACCUGAUCAAGCUGCGGAACAACAUGCGGUCGUUGAACAGCGUGUCGUCGAUCGACUCCAACAUGUCGGCGGGCCGGAAGGCGUCGUUGUUUGUGCGACGCGUUUCCAUGGCCAUCCCGAGUCUGUCGGGCGACCCGGUUCCGCCAACUGUAAGCUACCGUCAUCUAGGCUUGUAUCCUUAAUUUUAUCAGUCUGUCGGGAAAAUAAUGAGCACUCUGUCGCAUCGGAAAUCGUAUCGCAAAAUAAAUUGUGCGUAAACAAAAUCAAAUUGCUUUUCGCAUCAGCGACGCGAUUGCCGCAGCGACGCUCAUUAUUUUUCUGACAGGAUAGUACAUUUUCAAGCAAUUCUUACAUGUUUAAACUUGUUUUGAAUGUAUCCAAAAUGUCAGACUCGCUAAAGCCUCUUUUCUAUAGCCGUUUUUACCAAUUCUUGUACUGUUUCCCCACGAGAAAUGAUCUCAUUUGAACCCCGUCAAAUUGUUAUUGUCAAAGUCAAAGGACUUUAAAUAGUCAUAUUCAGACAGUUGUCAAGGUCUUCUCAGGAAUUCAACGGGUCUAAAACGCUCUGAAAUAUUCAUACGGGCAUUGGGAGGGCUUUGAAUUUCUGAUUCUGGAAAAAAAUUUUUUGACUUUUUUUGAAUUUCAAAGCUUUGAUUUUUUGGUUUGAAUUUAAAUUUGCCGUUUUUUAUUUGUAAUGGGAUUUUUUUGAGGGUUGGGGACUUGAAGGCCUUUAUUUUAUCUCUUGGUAUGUUACAAGGUACAGUGAAACCUCUGUAAAAUGAAUCGCAAAUAGCCAAAAAAUGAUUGUUAUAGAAAGGAUUCGUUUUAUGGAAGCUCAUUUUGGCCUAAAAAAGUGAUUAAUGUGCCCCAUUUGAUCUAAAAAUCUUGGUAGUUUCUGCAAACCACAAGCUAAUCAUCUCGUACAUGUCUUAGACAAGAUUAUUAUAAGUUUGUCCCAAGUUUCUAAAAAUCAGAGCCUCGCACUUGAAGCUUACCUUCUGGGCAGUUACCUGUAGUCUUGAAGUCUUCAAAAUUCUUAUCUUACCUGCAAAGUUAUAGCUACCGGAAGCCUGGCACUUUACGGCCAGUUUUGUGAGAUCUUUCCCUUCAUGACUUUCCUGACAACUUUCUUCUACUAGUCUUUUAGUGAAGUCACUGGGGCGAGCUUAGGCGUCUUCACGGGGCAGAAAAAGUCAUCUUAUCUUGUGUGCAAUAUUUUACCGUUUUUCCACUGAAACAUCAUCAUUUAUAUCCAAUUUUGUCGGAUCUUCUUCAUGAUGACCUUCGUGACAAAUUUCUCCAACCUCAAGUCUAUUUUCACACUUUGUAAACGCAUUUGCAAACACAAGAACCCCAAACUGACGUCGGCGCUUACGUGAAGCCAGCCUCUUGUCAGCCGCGUGCCGUCAGCGGUGGCAUGUUCACCGGCAAUUUGAGGGGCAUUCAAGUUUUAUCGAGGCCCUCUGUUUUUUCGCCGCAUAUGAAAUUAAUUUUAUGGUUUGGCGGUAAUUUAUGGCCCUGAUUUGUGCGAAUGGCGGGCAAAAUUCACAUAAUAAGUCAUGGACUUUAUGUGGUUUGUCGGCGAGGACGGGAGAUGGGGGAGAUUGUUGGGUUCGGGGCCGGGCUUUAUGAGAUUGGCGUCGCUGGAGUAUUGGGUCUUUAUAUGUACUUGGAUGGUAAUGUUUUUUUGAUUUUUUGUUGGCUUUUUGCCCAGUUUUAUAUCCAAAAUGCCUUAUUUGGUUAUUUUCAUUAAGUGCGCAGAAAAUUUUUGUUUUUUAUUGCGAAAAUUCAACUUUGAAAAAAUGAUGAUUUUCGAGCAAAUUACAGUAAUCUCGAUCGGUUUUAACGCCCAAAAUUGCAGGAUAUACCUCCUAAUGUUGUCUGAGAUAAAAACUAAUUGCAAUAUUCUCAAAUUAUAACGUAUUUUACCUUAUUUUCCGGAAUAUCCCAAAAAAAUCUUUCGCUCCCACAAAAUUCUUAUUUUUUAAAAAAUUACAGUAAUCCUUCGGACUAAAAUUACCGACACAACAUCCUACAAGUAUUUUCAUAAAGUGCGUAGACAUUUUUCCGCCUUUUAUCGCAAGCGCACAGUGCAUUUUGCCUUUCCCCCUUGUUUGUCGUUUGCACCGUGCAUUUCUCUGUUUUUCGCACAGUGCAAAAUUAAAAAAGUGGUUUGCACGGUGCAAAAACUUUCAAAAAAAAUUGAAAUUCACGGUGCAAAUGGGUUUUUUUGCCAAGUAACGAAAAAUCUAAAAGUCUACGCACUUUAUGAAAAUCUCCAUACGUAUUCAUUACAUCGGCACAUUAGAGGUUGUAAAAACAAAUUUAUCAGUCUGUCGGGAAAAUAAUCAGCACUCUGUCGCGUCGAAAAUCGCCGAGAAAAUGAAUUGUCUUUGCGACAAAUUCAAAUUUUUUUUCACUUCAGCGACAUGAUUGGCCUAGUAACAGAGUGCUCAUUAUUUUCCCGACAGACUGAUAAAGUUCAACAGACCGCUUGACAGGCCUGUUACCGUACUUUUUCCGGCAAAUUUAUCCAUUUUACCUCAUCCGAAAACCCAUUCAUAGCCGAACACUCGUAUUUCUGGGGCACCGCUGUAAACAAACAAACAUAUAAAUUUCUCGAAUUUCGACCAUUUAUUUAGCCUUUUUCGUUAUGCAGUUGGCGUUGAGUGGGCAUAAAUUUGAACCCACGGAAGUCUUGCGUGUGGGUUCGGCUUCAGCGGCAAGACAAACCCGCCGGCUUCGCAGAGGCCGCAUCGCAGCGUAGCGAUGUCCAGUUAGCCGUAAACACUGUUUAAUCAAAAAAAAAUUUUCGGCUUUAUUGCCUAUUAUGGAGUGUUUUCGACGCGUGAAGGUCAAAGAGACUAGCAAGGUGGGUGAAAUCGGAAAUGUAGCGAUAUUUGAGGUGUUUUUGGUCUAAAUCUAUAAGGUGUAAUAUUUUUUUUAAAUACGAAUGUCUGGUAAGGCAUAUAGCAGUCUGUCGGGAAAAUAAUGAGCAUUUGGACGCAUCGAAAAUUGCAUCGCCGCGGAGAAAAUGAGUUUCGUCGCGGCAAAAUCAAUUUUCUUUUCACUUUAGCGACGCGAUCUUCCCAGCGACUGUGUCCUCAUUAUUUUCCCGACAGACUUUUUUCUUUUUUCGCAUAGUCAAAAAAAUCUCCCUCAAAAGUAAAGUAUCGGCCUUAUAAGGGAAAAAUGUAGGACUUGAUUGCACUCGGACGUUAAUAAGAUAAGCGCGCGCUUCAUUCUUCCUCUUUGUGUGCGAGGAGUUUUGCCACGGGCUUUAUGGGGAUUUUGAAUGGAAUGGCGGAAGAGGAAAGUUUCGAGACUUUAUGGAACGUUGUAAAUACAUCAAAAGGAUGACUUUGAUAAAAAAAACUAAAAAAAAAAAGUUUUAUUGAAGCUGAGAAAGUUUGAAGAGCUGUGGAGGUUCAGUGUACAGCAUUACUCUGCACAGCAAAUAUCAGUCUGUCGGGAAAAUAACGGCGGCUCCGGCUUCAGCAGCCGUCGCAACGCGAUGAUGGGCGAUUCGACGAUCCACCGUUAUUUUCCCGACAGACCGAUAAAUGGCAAAACUCGGCGCAAAAAGUCCAAAGAUCAUUUAUCGCGGCCCGAAUCCUGUCGCACUCUGAAAAAAUGAUUUGUCGCUCCGAAAAAUGGGAAUCGCGCGCGACAAAAAUCAAAAAAAUACUAGUCGCGACAUAAAGUCCGUAGAAUUUUCUGCACUGUGCAUAAUCCCGAAAAAGCAUUUUGCACUGUGCAUUCACCCGAAAACACAUUUUGCACUGUGCAAUUUUGUUGAUUUUGCCUUAUUGUCGCGCGCGAUUCCCGUUUUUCGCAGCGACAAAUCAACAUUUCGGAGCGCGACGGAAUUUGGGGGCCGCGAAAAAUUCUACGGACUUUAUGUCGCGACUAGUAAAAAUGCACUGUGCAAAUGAUGUUUUUGGGUCAAAUGCACUGUGCAAAGCAAUUUUUCGCGAUUUUCUCAGCAACACGCCAAAACCGCACUGUGCAAAUUCUCCGCACCAAACAUCGCUCCGAAAAAUGGAAAUCGCGCGCGACAAAAAUAAAAAAAAUAAAAAUGCACUGUGCAAAAAGUGUUUUUGAGUCAAAUGCACAGUGCAAAGCAAUUUUUCGUUUUCGCGCCAAAACGCGCUCCAAAACCGCUCUGCGCAAAUUCUCAGGACCUUCUGCUCGCGGGCAGUAUCUGUUUUUUGACAGAUUCUUUUUUCGGCCAUGUUCUUUGCUUCCGAUUUUAUCGGGGAGGCCGUUAUGGCCAAAGUUCGCGGGGAUUUGGAAGCGAGACAGUUUUCGGCCGUUAAAGACGACAUUUUUAGUUGUUUUCGUAUAUUGACAUAAGGCUAUUGCAGUGAGAUGGGCUUUGGCAAAAAUCUAUUUUUAAGAUUUUUUUCUUUUUUUUGUCUUAGCGUCUCUCCUAGUUUUGCGUGCUCUCUAAAAUUAAUUGUUGAAUUUCUCGGCUGUCGCUGCAAAUCAUGAACUAAAAUUUUUAGUGAAUAAUUUGUGAGGUAUGUGCAGUAAAUUUGCGAAAUUUGAAGAAUUUUGGACAUUUAUAGUCAAGCGUAUCCCCGAAAAUUAAGUUUUUUUUUUGUUUUGUGAAGCUUUUUUAGCAUUUUUUGAAGCGUAUUAGAGUUGAGCCUUUGUAUAACAAACCUAAAAAUUUAUUUGUUAUAUAAGGGUUUUGUUGAAUGCAGUUUUAUUUUUACCUAGAAUUUAGUCUUGUUGCAUCUGAAAUUUUUUUGUUAUACUGAGGUUUUGUUGUACGGAGAUUUCUUUUUACCUUUUAUCAGUCUGUCGGGAAAAUAAUGAGCACUCUGUCGCAUCGAAAAUCGCAUCGCCAAAAAAUGAAUUUUCUUCGCAACAAAAUCUUCAGCGACACAGUGACAUUGAGCUAAUUAUAUAUUUUCCCGACAAAAUAAUGGGAUAGUUUUGUUGUACAGAGUUUAAUUUUGACUAAAAAUUUACUCUAUUUUUAAGCCAAACGACUCCCAGAAUUACUGAUCUGGAAUCGUUUGAGAAGUUUUUUUGCCUCUUAUCAGUCUGUCGGGAAAAUAAUGAGCGCUAUGUCGCAUCGAAAAUCGCAUGAGAAUGAUUUGUGCUGCGGCAAAAUCAAAUUGCUUUUCACUUCAGCGACACAACCGGCGCAGCGACAUUGAGCUCAUUAUUUUCCCGACAAACUGAUAUCUUGAGUUCUCCAUUUUUUUCCAAUUUUCUUCUAAAAUUCUAAUUCCUCUUGCUCUUUUGAUCUCUUUUUUCUCUUUGAUCUCAUUUUUUCGCAACCAAAUUUCCGAACCCACUUCCCGGAAUUCAGAAUCCCCAUCUCCUUGCAGGGCCCUCCAUCUUCAUGAAAUUUGGAAACACGAAUAGAAAAAAAAAACUUUUUCACCCGGCAUUUUUGACCUUUUUUAACGCGCCUCCCCAAAGCCCUGCGGGGCCGACGGGAGUUGGGUCGUGUUUCACGGCGCUCUUCUCAUCCUUUAUAUCAUCCGUUUCCUUGUAAUUUUUUCGUCCUUUACAUCAUCCGUUUCCUUGUAUAAUAAUUUUUGUCAAAAGUCCAGAAAUAGUUUUGGGCCGCUAUUUUUGGGCCACAAAACUCGGUUGGGCCGCUAUUUUGGGCAGGUGGUUUGAGUGGGUAAAUUGGGGAGUGGAAUUGAGGCGCAUAAUUAAUGAGUUGGUGAGCAUGUGCCAUGGUGGAGUGGGCUUCACGGGGAAGGGGUAUGCAUAGAAUUUGAAAAAAAAAAGUUUGUGAAACGGAUCUUUGAUUUAUUUGAUGAAAUUUUUUUCGACAAAAAAACUGUAUUAUCAGUCUGUCGGGAAAAUAAUGAGCACAAUGUCGCUAGGCUAAUCGCAUCGCUGAAGUAAAAAAAAACUUGAUUUUGUCGCGACGCAAUUCAUUUUUUCUACGGCGAUGCGACUUCCGAUGCGACAGAGUGCUCAUUAUUUUCCCGACAGACUGAUAAAAAGUGUGAGCAAGAAUCUCCAUACAUCAAAAUCUCUGUAUAACGGGCAUUCCAGCUGUCAACGGGUCAAUUUUGGGCUAAAAUACAAAUUCGUACAACGAAGCCUUUCUAUAACAAAUGUAUUUUUAUGUUUGUUGUACAAAGAUUUUUUAGAGUACUCUUUAUUUUUCCGACAGGCUGAUACUAGGCGGAAAGUCGUCAGGAUGAAAUCGGCGACAUGCACUGUGCAAAAAAGAAUUCUUUUUGCACUGUGCAAUUUCUGUCGGAAAAAGUCCUGUUUUUGACGUCGUAUUGAACCGGUUGACCAAAAUUUUUUUCUAGAAGAUGCCCGGAUGUGUCUUCUUUCAUAUUCCAAAACGUCAUCCCUAUUUUUCUCCUGUAACUUUAGAACCAACCCAUUUUCCUCCACCAACACCUACUACAAUAUCAAAAAUUUCUUCUCUUGUCCCCGUUCGCAUAUUUUACCUGUUGACUUAAAUUUUUUUCCAGAACAUGCCCUGAGGUGUCUUCUCUCGUAUUCCAAAACGUCAGCCCCAUUUUUCUCCUGUAACUUCAGAAGCAACCCAUUUUCCUCCGCCACCACCUACUAGAAUAUCAAAAAUUUCUGCUCUCAAAUUCUCGCCCUUUUUGAUCUUGUACCCUAAGGCAUUUGGCUCGAACCCAAGCCGGAAUGUCCCCAGAAUGUCCCCAGACAAAGUCACAGGGUAACUCUAAUCUUCUUAGCCCCUCUAAGUCCGUCGAAAAUCCCCUCUCGAGGUCGGCGGAUUGCUACAUUCCCAUGUUCAUGACGUCCCUUCUUUCCGCACUUGUGCUAGCGCAACAUUUUGUGCGCGAACACUAAGCCAAUUUGCCCCGCGAAUGCACGCGUUUAACAGUCAAUCAAAAGGAGAAGGGGGGAAUUUUUCGCGCAUUCCAUGAAAAGCCUCGUGAGAGGUUUGGGCCGCCGCCCGCAGGCUAUAAAGUUUUUUGGGGGAACUAAAUGGACAGUGGUGGGUGCUGAGGGCUUUCAUUUUAUUGUAGGUAGAAGUUUUGACGAUAAAAUUUAUGUUUGUUAUGGAGAGUUUAGUCAUCAAAAAAUGGUAUGUUAUAGGUAAAAUUGGUUCAAAAAAAGGCUAAAAAAUGUACGGGGAGUAGACGAGACCUUCUUCUGCCACAUAGAUUUGAUACACAUACGUUGCGCCGUAGAAAAAUAGAGAUUUUAAACUUUUUUAUAUUAUCCUAGACAUUAACCCGACCAAAAUUAAAGUUCUCACUUUUCCAAUCCUCGAAGGCUAUUUUUUGCUAAUUUUUUGUUGUCAAAAGUCUGUACUGGGCUUUGGUAUCACCUAUAUAUGCGGUCAACUGUUUUACUACUUACUCAUUUUAUAAAAUUUCCAUUUUUCCCCCGAAAUCUUGCUGAAAAAUCAAAAAAUCCUUAAUCUUCACUGUAGCUUCCAGAAAACUCUUUUCUUCGUCCCUAUUACCCUACUUUCCGUUCCAUUUAUACACAUAGAACCCUUAUUUUCCCUCUCAUUUUUUGGUCGUGAGAAUACGGAACGAUCUCGGUUUUUUAUGCCCGCACUGAAUGGCUUCAUUUUCAACAAUGACAAAAAACAAUACUCGGAACGUCUAGAACCUUUCUCACUCGCACUUUUAUCGCUGAUGAAGUGGGUUAUGCGUUGUUUAGAAGGCUGAAAAAAAUUUUUUUUCUAGGUUUUUGGCUUGCACCGUGCAAAAUUUUUUAUUUGGAAAAUCUACACAGUGCGGUGGAAAAAUGAGGUGGAAAAUUUUUUGAUGCUAAAUUUUAAGGGAAUUACAAGUAUUUGCUACCCUCAAAAAAAUUUUUUUUGGCUAUGUAGUAUAUUUUUGGUUUUAACUUUUCGCACAGUGCAGAUUUUAUUGUUUGAAAAAUCUGCACAGUGCGGUGAAAAAAGGGGUGGAAAAAUUAUUUGAUCACAAAAAUUAAAGGUUACUAGUAUUUGCUUAUCUCAAAAAAUUUUUUUGCCGGCUAUGUAGUAUGAAUUUUGGCUUUUAAUUUUUUGCACAGUGCAGAUUUUGUUUUCCGGAAAAUCUGCACAGUGCGGGGAAGAAAUGGGGUGAAAACUUCAUAAUGCUUGAUUAUACAGGUGCUACUAGUCUCUGCUAAUCUAAAAAAUGAUUUUUGACGGCUGGUUAAUAAGAAAUUUGACCUUCAAUUUUUUGCACAGUGCAGAUUUGGUUUUUCGAAAAAUCUGCACAGCUCGAUGAGAAAAUGGAGUGGAAGCUUUUUAAUGCUGAAUUUUAAAGGUUCAGUUGUAUUUACUCACCUCAAAAAAAAACUUUUUGACUGCUGAUUAAUAAAAAAUCAGACUUUUAAUUUUUUGCACAGUGCAGAUUUUGUUUUUCAAAAAUUCCGCACAGUGCGAGUGCAUUAUUAAAAAAAUCGUUUUAUAAUGAAUUUGAAGAGUCUUCCAAUAUCUUAAAAAAUGCAUGAAUUCACCUUCCAUCUACUGGUACAUGAUAAAUUUCACUUUUUAUUUCCAGCACAGUGCAUAUUUUGUUUUUUAAAAAAUUUUGCACAGUGCGGGAAAAAAUCCAAAAAUAAGGCCUAUUUCACAUUCACAAGCCGUAAUUACCUUCAAAUUUUUUUGGUCUGUCUACUGAACCUUUGCCAAUUAACUUCCCUUCGUAUCCCUAAUCGUCACGUAGACCUUUUUCAAAUGUCAACUUCGUCUGUUCGCGCCCCAACCUAAUUUACAUUUAUAAUUUAUUUAGCGCCUGCUGAUGUCUGAAUUCCCGAUUCUCUUGCGCUCGAAAAUUUAUGAACAUUGUCGCGGCGAAUGUGUGUGUCUUGAACUUUGUUUGAGUGCACUGUGCCGGAAAGGCUUUUUCGGGAUUUUUCGAGUUGUUGAACAAACGAGACUGGUCUGAGAGUUGAACUGGUUGGUUUUUGAGGUCUUCAGGACUGCCUGGAGAUAAUUUAUGGAUGGAUAUAUUAUACUAUGACAACAAAAUGGUUUUUUGAAAAAAAAUUUUUUUUUAUUUUUUUUUUGGUUUUCUUGUGUAAUAUGAGUGAAAAAUUGCCUCAAAAUGUUUUUUAUUGUCCUCAAGGCAUUUAAAAAAAUUUUUUUUUGCGAUUUUAAAAUUUUUUGAAAUUUAUAUUUUUUUUUUCUAAUUUUUAAGAUUUUUUGAAAAAAUUGGUCAAAUUUAAAGAAUAUAGAUCUUCAGAAGCCUCAAUCAUAAAUUUUUGUCGACUUUUUUAUCAAAAUUUUUCCAAAAAAUCCCGUUUUCCCCAAAAAAUCAUCAAAAAAUCCAUUUCCCUCCCUUCAAGACCCCCCCCUUUUAAUUCCCUUCCACUCAAUCUAUCAUAUUUUUAUGAACCUCCAAGUUCGCUCUCCUCCUUCAUGACGCUGAGCCCUCGCCCUUUCCUUCAAGCACUUUCUUGGCCCGCAAAACUUGGGCCAAAAAUGGGGGGAGCGCGCGAGAAAUCCCCGGCAAUGAUUUAUAAUUCGGGGCCCGGAGGACGUCACUGCCGCUGCGAGGGAAAUACAUUAGACGCGAAUAUGAAUAUAUUUAGGGCCGAUGGGGUUGCAAUUUUUCAGGAUUUUCGGAAUUAUUGAGAUUAAUCGGGGAAAUUUUGGGAUUUUUGUGGAAAAAUUUCGAAAAAUGGGAUUUUUGGGAAUUAAAAAAAAAUAAGAAAAAGUUUUUUUUUUAAUUAAAUAUAUUUUAAACAUGCUUUCAACACCAACAAACUGCGUAUUUUGAAAAAAAAAAAUUUUUUCACUUUUUCAAAAAAAAAUUUUUUUUUCUUUCCAAGAAUUUAUGUCUAUUUUUUGAAAGCCCGGAGGCCAAAAAGCCGUAUUUCUAUAAUUUCAUUAGACGCCGAGUGGAAUUCCGAGUGCCGCGCGUCAAAUAAUGAGAAUUGAAACAGUUGAAGAGCGCCUAAUUUUUUUGGGGUAUUUUAGGAAAUGCCCCGGGGCAAUUGGUCCGGAAUAUCGUGUAGAAUGUCUGCGGCGUCUUUUUAGACAUUUUAGUUGUUGUCUUUGGCAUGAUUUUUACUUUAAUUUUUUUGGGAAAAUUGAAGAGAUGUUGAGAAUGAGGAAGAAAUUUGAUUUUUUAUCAUUUUCUCUCAAAAUUGGGCAAGAUCGCCUAAGGGCUUUUGUAUUUUUAGGUUGCCUAUGCUCUGUUCUUUCUUUUGAUGUACAAAACAUAAUCAAGAUUUGGCGUAUUUUACCCUAAAAUCCUCUUUUUUGUUGGUUUACCCAUCAAGUCCUGUCUAAGCAAAAAUUAAUGCCCUACGGCAAAGUUGAAGAAAUUAUUUGUAAGAUGACUUCUGAAUAACGUAACACAGACCCCAGUAGACGCUCUGCACUUUACAUCACAUUUCUAUUCUUGGUGCUACAAUAGAUAUUAGCUUUUCUUUUCAUCCCUCUACUUCAAGAACUCCGAACUACAUUUCAGCUUCGUAAAACCCCCAAAAUGUAGUUCCUAAUCACAAGACCGGUCUCUCUCUCUCGUCCACCUUACACCCCGCAUACAAUUUCACAUCAUUCGCCGCCGCCCCUCGAGUACCGUAAAUUGCUCUAAUCCUCGGCUCUUGUUCAGUUGCCCUCCCCGCAAAAACAGGUCGCGCGGAAAUGUGGCCGCCGAAGUAGGAUGCCAGCGGCUGAAGGUGAUGACGGUUGAACCGUGCGCCUCUUGCCCCAGUGUCGCGCCGAAUCCACGAAAACGGUGGACAGUCGCGCCAAGAUUCCGCGCAUCGCGCGUGGAAAGGCCAUGCAUGUCUUUCAAAACGGGUCCGUCAACGUAAGUCCGCCACCAACGCGAAAUGAGCUGGAUUCGCGUGGUGGAUGUUGAAAAAAGUUUUGGAAAAAUGUUUAGUAGAGUCUAUGCUUUGAAUGGUAAAGCGGAAAAAUGUAUUUUACAUGUAUUUACACUCACGGUAAUUUUGGGAUUUUUUCGAAUUUUUUGGAAAUUUUGAAGUUUUUAACAAAUUUUUUGUUUAGAAAUAGAAUUUUAUCUUAGUGUAUACAAUAUACAACAGUUCUAAGAAAAAAAAUUUAUCAUUUUUACACUAAAAAAGCAAAAAUUACAUUUUGAAAUUUUUUGAUUUUUUCAUCGUAUAAAAUGUCGCCAUACGAAAAAUUGAUGCCAAACUAAAAAAUAUAGUAUUAUAUCUCUACUAGAGUAAAAAAUCCGCCGGAAAAAUCUCAAAAUUCUCAGUUAUCCUGUCUUUUUUUCCGUCUCCUCUAGUCUAAUGUCUAAAUCAAUACAAUUUUUAGUAAUAUCCCAAUUUUUAGGUAUUAUCGUUGGGUGCGGAUGUACUGCCCGAGUACAAACUUCAACAGGCUCGAAUACACCACUGCACAAUUGUCCAUUACUCUCCCUUCAAGGCGGUAUGGGACUGGAUCAUAUUGCUCCUGGUCAUCUACACCGCCAUCUUCACGCCCUACGUGGCCGUCUUCUUGCUCAAGGAAGUGAGUUGGGGGCUGUUUGAUAAUUUUUUUGGAGAUUUUUUUUAUUUUUUUAGGUUUUUAAAACUUUUGUUUUUUGCGCACAGUGCAGAUUUUUCGUGUCUGCACAGUGCGGGGAAAAAAUAAAAAUUUUAUUUUUGUUUCAAAACUCAUUUUUAAAGCAAAAAUUCAUUUUUUCAAAAAUUUAUUUUUCACUGCACCGUGCAGAAUUUUUAUUUCUGCACAGUGCAGAAAAAAAAUUUUUGCACAGUGCGGGGAAAAAAUAGAAAUUUUAUUUUGGCUUCAAAACUCAUUUUUUAAAGCAAAAAUUCGUUUUUUCAAAAAGUUAUUUUUCACAUCAUUAUUUUUUGAGGCUUCAAGAUUUAUUUUUCUACACAAAAAUUCAUUUCUCCAAUAAGUUAUUUCUGACUUUUUGCACAGUGCGGACAAAAAUUUUUUUUGCAUGGUGCGUCAAAAAAUCGAAAUUAUUGAAAAAAUCGAAAAUUCUGUCGGGAAAAUAAUGAGUACAAUGCCGCUGUGCCAAUCGUGUCGCUGAAGAGAAAAAAAAAUUGUUUUUUUCCGCAACACAAUUCAUUUUUUGGCGAUUUUUGAUGCUAAUGCUGGCGAUUUCUGAGUGCUCAUUAUUUUCCCGACAGACUGAUAUUUAGACUUCAGAACUAGUUUUAUCGGUAAAAAAAUCGAUUUUAAUCAAAUAUGAUUUUUUACAGCACUGUGCAAAAUUUUGUUUUUUGCACAGUGCAUCAAUGUCAUAAAAAAAUUUGAUUUUUUUUUUUUUUUUUUUGAAAAAAAUGAAAUUUUUUUCAUUUUUAAGAGAAUUUCUAUAUCUCCUACCUUCCAGAAUCACAACCAUCAAAAACGGGGCCGGUUCGAGAGCACGCUCGACCUGGCCGACCUCAUUGUGGAUAUCAUGUUCAUCGUGGACAUAAUCAUCAACUUCCGCACCACCUACGUCAACGAGAAUGAGGAGGUGGUGUCGGAUCCGCACAAGAUCGCCAAACAUUACUUCACCGGCUGGUUCCUCAUCGACAUGAUCGCCGCCAUCCCCUUUGAUUUGUUGUUGGCGAGUAGUGAUGAGGCGAAUGUGAGUUAUGCGAUUUUUUAUUUGUUGAGAAUUUUAAGAUUUUUAAAAUUUGAAAAUGGAAUUUUUUGCAGAAUUUUUGAUUUCAAAUUUGAAAAAAUAAAAAAAUGAAAAAAAAAUAUUUUCUUGUUUUUUUGGAAUUUAUUUUAUUUUUUUUGUGAACUGAAAAAUUUUAAAAAUAAAAAAAUCCAAAAAAUUAUUUAUUUUUUUAUUUUUCGUUUAUGAUGAAUUCAAUUUUAAAAUAUUAAAAAAUUUUUGCACUCAAAACCCAAAAAAAAAUUUCUAAUCCAAAAAAUCCCAAAAUUGAUAAAUUUUUAAAGCCAAAAAAAAUCCAAAAAUUCCAUUUUAACCCCAAAAUCUCAUCUUCAGACCACAAAAAAAAAAUUCGAGCACAAAAAACCCCCAAAAAAAAUUUUUAAUUCAAAAAAUCCCAAAAAUAAAAAAAAAAUAAAAUUAAUAAAAUUUUUAAGCACAAAAAUUCCAAAAAUAAAAUUUUUCACCCCGAAAUAUCAUUUUCAGACAACCUCAAAAAACUGAAUUCAAAAAAUCCCAAAAAUAAAAAAUCAAAAUAAAUUUUUUUUUUUUUUUUUUUUUUUUUGAAAAUUCCAAAAAUCCCAAAUUGACCCCGAAAAAUCAAAAAAACAAUUUUUUAAAAUAAAAAAAAAUAAAAAAACUUUAUUUUUCGUUCUUUAUGAAUUCAACUUUAAAAUAUUAAAAACUUUUUGCGCUCAAAACCAAAAAAAAUUUUUUUUAAUCCAAAAAAUCCCAAAAUUGAUAAAUUUUUAAAGCCAAAAAAUUCCAAAAAUUCCAUUUUAACCCCAAAAUCUCAUUUUCAGACCACUUCAAAAAAUUCCAAAAAAAUUUUUUUAUUCAAAAAAUCCCAAAAAUAAAAAAAAAAGCAAAAUAAAAAUUUUUUUGGAACUAAAAAUUCCAAAAAUCCCAAAGUCACCCCGAAAAAGCCAAAAUCCCAUUUUCAGACCACAACUCUAAUCGGCCUCCUAAAAGCGGCCCGUCUAUUACGAUUGGUCCGGGUUGCGCGCAAACUGGAUCGAUAUUCGGAGUACGGCGCGGCCGUGUUGAUGUUGCUCAUGUCGACGUUCGCGCUGAUCGCUCAUUGGUUGGCGUGUAUUUGGUACGCGAUCGGGAGUCAUGAGCUCCCGCACAAAGAGAUCACGUGGCUUCAUCAGCUUGGUAAGGACAUGGACUUCGGCAGAUGGCGUAAUUUUUUUUUGCUUCUUCGCUUUCCUUAUAGUGUUUUGUGAAUUUUAUGGUGAUUUUUUGUGAUUGGCUGGACUAAAAUAUUUUGCUUCAAAAAGGUUUUUUUCAAAUGAAAAAGAAAUUUUGCACAGUGCAAAAUCAUUUUUUUCAGCACGGUGCAAAAAAAUUUCUAUUGUAUUUUAGCUGGUCUAGGAGAUAAAAAAAAGUUUUAAAAUGAGGUUUUAGGAUAAAAUACGGUCAGUUUAACCUUUUCCGGCUGAAUUCUAAGACUUGUUUUUCCGGAAGUAGUCGAAAUCUGAGAAGAAUUAUUUUUCGCACUGUGCAAAAAUCAUUUUUUCCGCACAGUGCAAAAAUCAUUUUUUUUUUGCACAGUGCAAAAAAUUUUCGAUCGUAUUUUAGCGGAUCUAUGAGAUAGAAAAAAGUCUCAAAAUUAGUUUUUAUGGUAAAAUACGGUCAGUUUAACCUUUUCCGGCUGAAUUCUAAGACUUGUUUUUCCGGAAGUAGUCGAAAUCUGAGAAGAAUUAUUUUUCGCACUGUGCAAAAAUCAUUUUUUCCGCACAGUGCAAAAAAUUUUCGAUCGUAUUUUAGCGGAUGUAGGAGAUAGAAAAAAGUUUGAAAAUGAGUUUUUUGGGUAAAAUACGGUCUAUUAAACCCAUAGCAAUUUAAAUGCCAAGAGUUUUUCUCUGGAAAUAGUUGAAAUCUGAAAAAAAAUUCUUUCCGCACUGUGCGGGUAAAAAUUUUUGCACAGUGCAAGGAAAAUUUCGAUCGUAUUUUAGCUGGUACAGGAGACAAAGAAAAGCUUGAAAAUGCGUUUUUCGGGUAAAAUACGGCCAAUUUCUUCAUGUCUUUAAAAUUUUUCCGCACAGUACAAAAAAAUUUCGAUCGUAUUUUAGCGGAUUUAGGAGAUAGAAAAAAGUUCGAAAAUGAGUUUUUAGGGUAAAAUACGGUCUAUUAAAUCUUAGCAAUUUAAAUUUCAAAACUUUUUUUCUCAAAACAGUGGAAAAUCCGAGAUAAUUACAUGUAUUUUUCGCACCGUGCGGAAAAAAAAAUUUUGCACAGUGCAAAAAGUUUUGCUUGUUGUUUGCUUCUAAGGCUGUUCUUUGGGUAUGUGAAUAACCAAAAAAGUAUUUCCAUUUGCCUAAAUUUUAAAAAAAAUCCCAUUUUCCCCAAUAUUCCCCCAAAAAGUUUCAAAAAAUCCCAAAAAAAACUUUUUUAAUUUCCAGCCCGCAACCUCAACGAACCGUACACCUCGAGCGGGAAUGGCUCAAUGCCAACAGGCGGUCCGUCGCUGCAUUCGCGCUACGUGACAUCCUUGUAUUUCACGCUGUCGACCAUCACUUCCAUCGGCUUCGGAAAUGUGUCCGCCACGACGGACGCCGAAAAAAUCUUCACCAUUGUGAUGAUGAUUGUUGGAUGUAAGUUCGGUUUAUAUUCUAAGAUUACUUAUUUUUCUCAAUUUUGCAAAAAAUUUUCAAAAAAAAUCACCGCACCGUGCAAAUUUUGAAAAAUCUUUUUUUGCACGGUGCAGCAGAAAAAAAAUUGAAAUUUUUGACAUCUCAAGAAUUAGAAUGCUCUAAAAAUUUACUGUGCAAAAUUUCUUAGUAAAAUCUUGUAUCUGCACCGUGCAAACCCAAUAAUUUUUCAUUGCACAGUGCGGUUUAAAAAAUUUAUUUAUUUUGCACGGUGCGGACAAGAAAUCAAAAAAUUUUAAACUCGGCCUAAAAUUAACAUGUUAUUUUCACUUCAUUACAGUAUUUUAAUUUUUCUACUUUGGGUUCAGCAAAGUGCAAAAACCGACAUUUUUCGCUGCACUGUGCGGUUUUCUAAAAAUUUUUCUUUUGCACAGUGCAAAGAGAGCGAUAUGAAAAAUUUUUAUGGCCUAUAUUUUCUACAGGCUUUGGACUUUUUUACCAACCUACUUUCAUUCCCCUAGGCAUUCGCUGAACUUUGCAAUCGCCAAAAUUUUUUUCGCUGCACUGUGCAUUGCCAAAAAAAACCUUUUCGGAGUGCACAGUGCAGUGAAAAAACAAGUUUCAGUGACUGUGAAGAAUGAGAAAUAAAAAGUCUUGUUUCGCGGUUAAAAAAAAUCUCAUAUCUCUAUUUUUACAACCUCUGUUUUCAGCGUUAAUGUACGCUUCGGUGUUCGGAAACGUCUCGGCGAUCAUCCAACGACUGUACAGCGGAACGGCGCGAUAUCACACCGAGUUGUCGCGGUUGCGCGAGUUCAUCAGGUUUCACCAAGUGCCCAACCCCCUCAGGCAACGGUUAGAGGAGUACUUUCAACACGCCUGGUCCUACACCAAUGGCAUUGACAUGAAUACUGUGAGUUUUAUCAAAAUUAAUAUGGUGACUCCAUAGACGUAUUUUACAAAAAAAAAUGCCAAACAUUUUUUGGCAUCUCAACGAAUUUCUGCACAGUGCGAAAAAAUGUUCUGCACGGUGCGAAAAAAAAAAUUUCGAUUUUUCAAAUUUUUAGGUAAAAAAGCUUUGAAAUUUUAAAUUCACUCAUUUACACUAUCCGUAUUUUACUCUAUAAACCACUUUAGGAAACUUUUUUUAUCUUAAAAAAAGCUUAAAAUACGAUCGGAAUUUUUUUGUUUCUGCACGGUGCGAAAAUUUUUUUCUCCAUUUUUGGUAUUUUUAUGGAAAAAAGUUUGGGAAUUUUAACUUCAAAAAAGUUGGAUGACCAUAUCAUUACUCCAAAAAUCCUUUUUCAAUAACUUUCUUUAUCUGCCAGCUGGCUUAAAAUGCGAUUGGAAAUUUUUUGCACUGUGCAGAAAAAAUUUUCAAUUUUUCAAAUUUUUAGGUAAAAAAUUUCGGGAAUUUUAAUUUGAUUAUGAUAAACGAGCCGUAUUUUACUCUAAAAACUGUUUUAAAUAGCUUUUUUAUCUUCCAAAUCGCCUAAAAUACGAUUGAAAAUUUUUUGCACUGUGCAGAAAAAAUAUUUUUGCACUGUGCGAAAAAAAUAUUUUCUCACUUUUUCAACUUUUUAGGUUAAAAAGCUUUUGAAUUUUAAGUCCACUUUGUUAGACCAGCCGUAUUUUACUCUACAAACUGUUUUGAAUACCUUUUUCUAUCUUCCAAACCGCUUAAAAAACGGUUGAAAAUUUUUUGCACUGUGCAGAAAAAACAGUUUUGCACUGUGCGAAAAAAAUCCCAAAUUUCAUGAUCCCCCAAAAAAUCCUUCCAAAAUGACCACCUAAACAUCAAUUUUCAGGUGCUCAAAGGGUUUCCCGACUGUCUUCAAGCCGAUAUUUGUUUACAUUUGCACCGGAAUCUCCUCAAUUCUUCGCCGGCCUUCAAAGAUAUUUCCCCCGGCUGUCUUCGGGCGCUCUCUUUGCGGUUUCGAACCACACAUUCUCCGCCUGGUGAUACUUUGGUCCAUCGAGGCGACAUUUUAACGGGAUUAUUUUUCAUUGCCCGAGGGUCAGUGGAAAUCGUGGACCAGCACGACCAAGUUGUUGGGAUUUUAGGUUGGUUUGGGGGGAUUUUUUUUUUUUUUUUUGAAGUUUUCUGAGGGAUUUUCAAUUUUCUUGAAUUUGAAUUUUUUUAUUUUCAAAAAAAAAUUUCUUUAAUUUUCAAAAUCUUUUUUUUUAAUUUAAAUUUUUUUUAUUUUUCUCAAAUCAUCCAAAUUCCAUCCAAUCCCCCCAUUUCUUCCAGGAAAAGACGACGUGUUCGGCGAGAACCCGGUCUAUUACGAGGACGUGGGCAAGGCCUCGUGUUCGGUUCGCGCCCUCACCUACUGCGACCUGCACAAGAUCCUGCGCGACGACCUGCUCGACGUCCUCGAAAUGUACCCCGAGUUCGCGCAGAGCUUCUGCGAGAAGCUGGUGAUCACGCACAACCUGCGCGACGUCCGCAUGAGCGGCAAAGAGGGCGGGUUUCGGAAGCGGAUGCUGAGUCAGCGACACAAGCUGUUGCGCAUGUCCUCCUCGCAUCGCGAGAAUCAGUGUGAGGACGUGCGCGCGUACAGCAGUCAGUUUCGGAAUCUGGAUGAGCCGCAGAUGGUCAGCGAGGCGACCAAUGUCCCGUCGCCGCAGAGCGAGAAAGGCGCAGGUGAGCAUGGUGAAUACAAUUUUCGGUCGAUUUUUGUGGUUCUUUUCUCAGUUUCGGAUUGAAUAUAAUUUAUGGAGUAUCUAAGCCCAAUUUUCUCCCGAUCUAGCGUAAAAAAUGUCUAAUUUUUAGGAUUUUUUGAUAUAAUUUAUAUUAUAGUAGGUCACCUAAAAUAAGGUUAGAAUUUUUGAUAUUCCUACCAAGUAAGUGUUAUAUAUGGAUGCCUUGUGGACUGGAGUGUAUUUUAAAAUCAAAAUCUAUCGAAAAUUUUAUGAAAUAUUCGCUUUCUCCCUCUUUUUCCAAAUUUCCCCAAAUUUUUGAUGAUUUUUCGUAUUUGCUAAACUUCAAGUCCUAAUAAAUGCGCUAGACAUUUUUUUAAGUGUGUUUAGGCCCUUUAAAAUAUAGAGAAGUCAUCUUAAAUUCACCUUCCUACUAGGAAACCUCAGAAACUCGAAAAUUGUUCAAAAUGGGUGAUGUUUAGGGAUAAAAUCACGAUUUUCGUCAAAUUUUCGUUCGGUUACUGUAGCAUUGGAGUCUAAUGGUGGCAGAAUUUCCUUUUAUUCCCUCUAGAUUCGAUAUAUCCCCUAUAUACCCCCUUAUUUCCCCAAAAUCAUCAAAAAUUUAUAUUACACUAGAGACCCCCCAAAAAACUCAACUCUUCUUUUAUAAAAUUUGUUAAUAGUAUACUAAUUUCUUGUUUGCCCUCCUGAUUUUGCCUGACCAAUUUUAACCGGUUGCUUUUUAUUUGAAGAUAACACGUUGGAUCGAGUGAAGCGGAGUUUGAAUCAGAUGAGUUUCGAGAAUAAUAACAACCCACACGGCGUGCGGAAUAACAAUGGUGAGUGCUCAAUCUGUGCGGAAUGUGAUGUCGUCUGAGUUUUUGUACCCUGUCGACCUUGAAAACGUCAUUUUCACGUGAUUUUUGAAAUUUUUCGACAGUUUUGAUGUUGUACUUGACAAACUUCAACUUUUUUACUCAUAACAAAGCAAUGAGUCACUGUAUUUUUUAACCUAGCAGUCCUUGUAGUUGUAACUAGUCUUUGUGGUCUCAUGGCUAUUUAUUUUCUGUGUUUUUGAGCUACUAACGCUUGAUUUAUACCAUUGAUCGUCAAUCUCUAAUAUAACAUAAAAAAUAGUGUAAAAGCACUACAAAACUGUUACUUUCAACGCUAAAUUAACCGUUUUAUAACCGUUUCUUGUCAUUCCGAGUUUCCGAUCAAAAUUUACUCUUUGACAUUUCGCUAUCAAUUUUUUGACGAAGUGUCACAAAAUUAUUGGAAAUUUAUUUCUUGCAUUUUUAUUGUUUGCAAUACGUUUCGAAAAGUGUAAACCAUUGAAAUCACUAUUAUUUUACCCGUUUUCACUCUUUUUAGAGCUAUUUUUUAACCAAAAUUUCGAUUUUUCCAAAAAAUUUCAAAUUUCAAAUUUUUUUUUGUCAAAAAAGUCGUUUUUUUUGUUGCAAACUUUCUCUCCCUGCUUCUCUCACCCUCGCCUAACUUGUUUUACCUACCCUUUGCUGCAGGUCAUCCCCCCAUAACCCAUCGAACUUCGGCGGAUUCUCGGAGUUUCGGCGAGACUGAACCCCUUCUUUUAGUCGACGCCGAUGUGGAUUCCCGGCCUCAGAGUCUGCAGCUACGCCCGGAUCGACCUCAUCCCCGCUUGUCGCCGACUCCAUCUAACGAAAAAUGUAAUUUUUUAUUCGGUUUUGUUGUCGCUAACGCUUUCAUAAUGUUUUUUCCUUCUUUUUGCUGGAUUGUGUAACUUUUCGCAAUUUUUUGGGUACUAAUGGGGAAACUAACAAGUGUUUGAGUGUCUAAAAUUGUAAUAGGGACCUUUACCGAGCUUUUGAGACGGUUUCUUUAAACUUUGUAGUUAAUUUACGAGGAAAAAUCGAGUUUUGGACAUCUGAUGUCAUGAGCAAUAUAAUUUUAUGUUUUUUAGGCCAACGAAUCCGUCGGUUUUACUUUUUGUGGAUUCUAGGAGUGUUAAAACUUAUUUUAAGCCAUUUGCAAAUUAUUUUCCGAGUUAUUUUUGCUUAUUUUUAGGCCUAUCUUAUACUAGACAUGUGAUAUACAGUGAUUGCCAAAUUUCUAGGCCUUUCUCCAUAAAUAAAAUGUCUUGUUCCCCUCCAAAAUACUCCUCAUAUUCUUCUUUUUCCAGGGCAACCUCGAGCGGUCACUUUUGCAAAAGAAAAUGAGGAGAAUCGAUACAAUUUCCUCAGCCAGAGGUUGGAUAACAUCGAAGGGUGAGAAAAAAUUUUCCAUUGAACUGAUUAACCUGAAUUUUCGUUUUUAGGCAUCUCUCGCAAAUGCAGAACAAGAUGAACACCGAUUUCGAGGAGAUCAUUCGAUUACUCAGGUUGUCCGGAGCUCUGAGCACGGCCGCUAGCAGUAGUAGUAAGUAUAAUAUUUUUAUUCGUUUUUGCUUGAAAUUUAGGAUUGCCUGUAACAGUAAAGAAGCUUGAGGACAUUUGCCGUCUUUUUAGACCAUUUUAGUUGGAAUUGAUAGAAAAUUAGCUGGCUUAGACAUCAAAAAUAUUAUUUUAGGUAACAUUUUAAAACUUUUGGAUUUGAACUGUAAAUUCUUUGAUCCAGCGGAAUUUUGAUAUAAUUCUAGAGGUAUUUAAGUCCUUUUCAAAGCACUAUUCCUCAUAAGAACUUUUUUUGAGAUUAAAAUUAUUACUUUAGUCUAAAUUUUGAUUUAUAAUGUUUUAAAUGCAAAAUACGUCCAAAAAUCUGACAUUUUUAGCCGGAAGCUCUCAUCUGAAUGCGUUAACAAUCGAUUUGAACGAGAGAAGUGGAGCCACUUCUUCGAUGUCCGGUCCAACCUCCAGAAAUGGUGAUCUCGAACAAAACUCGACCUCUAGAACGCCGAACACAGUGAAAGUUGGGAACUGUACACAGGUAAGGGCUUUGGAGAUUAUUUGUUUUGACUUUUAGGAAGAAAAAGGAUUGGGGUUUCGUCUGGCCGGUCUCCUCUUUUUGAAUAUUCUCUCGAAAAAAAUGUUGUUGAAAAUCUUGGCGGAGAUAGAGCAGUAAAAUCUUUUUUGUGGUUGAUUUGAGGGCAUUUUGAAGACCUUUGCAAAUUUUGGUGGAAAAUGGAAAGAAAUUUUUUCGGGUUUUUUCGGUCAUGCCUAGUGUAAUAUAAAUUUUGGGUUUGGAAAUGGUCUAGUAGUUUCAACACUGGCGGACCUGAUCCAGGGGCAAAAAACGUACUAUUUUGCAUCUGGGAAGUAUCACAAAUAUGGCAAAAUACCUCCUCCAACUGAAAAGCUCAGGUUUCAAAAGCGCGCCCGUUCUUUUUGUGAAGGAACUUUCAAACCGGAGUUUUUAGUUGGAAAGAGAGGUAUUUUGCUGCAUUUUUGAUACUUCCCGGAUGCAAAAUGGUGCGUUUUUUGUCACUCGAUCAGGUCCGCCACUUUGGCAACUGCUCUAUCUCCUUACAGCCAAGAUUUUCAGUAAUAUUUUUUUUCGAGAGACCAUACAAAAAAUGGGAGUUGGACGAUUGGGGAAACCAAAAAGUAUUAUUUUUCUUCGAUGCAAAUGUCGAAAUCGACCUUGCUGAAGUCGAAAAUCUUGUUAAUUUUUUUUAUUUUGAAAGCUGCACCAUCGAAAACCCGUAAAUCGAGUAUUUAUGAAAAAAAAUCAAAAAAUUACUACUUUACAGUACUACUUAAGGAAAAAAGUAAAGAUCAAAAAAAUAAAUCACUUUCGAAAACAGCACCUUAGAUUAUCCUAACUUCGACACUUGCAUCGAAGAAAAGUAAUACUUUUCGGUUUCUCCAAUCGUCCCACGUCAAUCCAAAUAGAAGAAGAAAUUUCCCGCCCCUUUUUGGUGAUUCGUUCAAAACGAAAUGUCACUAUCCGAUAAAAAGCAUUUUCUUAUCUUUUUGCUUCCUUUUCGAGAAAAAGCAAUUAUUUCGGGCGAGAAAAAGUGCCGAUAAUUUCGCGACAUUUCGUCUCUCUUUUAAAUCAAUGAAAACGAUACGAAGUUUCGAAACGGUUCAGGAAAUGCGCUGGAUUGACAUGCGUCCCAGUUCCACAAAAAAUUGAUUUUUCCACUCUUACAACGGCUUCUUUUCAGCGUCCCAACACCCUUGCGCCCGCUCCCAGCGAGGAGCGACUCCCGCUUCUGCCCGAGACCUCGCUGUCUCCGCCCGACAUCAACCCCAAGUUCAUGCCGAUGAGCGUGCUGCCCAGCGAGCUGAGUCCGGCGGGGUCGGCGGGCGAGCGCCGCUCCCUGUACCGCUCCGCAUCCCGCGAGCCCACGCAGAGCUCCGACCCCGACGCCGUGUGCGCCCUGGCCUCACCCGACGACGACACAUCCCUCUGA